CGUCUCCGACCGUCAUUGCUCUGCUCUGCUCUUUAGUGAAGUGUCUGGUAAGCUAACGGUGACAUCGUAUAAUUUGCAUUUCGGUCGCCAAAAAGACCAUUUUCCUGAAUAAAUUGGCAUUUAGAGGUUCGAAUAAUUGCAAAGCUAUUGUGCGGUUUUAGCGAAACGAACCAAGAUACCGAUUUGCCACUGUUCCGACGGAGAAAAACAACAUUCCCAAUUUGGCCAGUUGGAAAACAAGCAUCCGAAAAUUCCCUACGCAAGUACUCUCGAAGCGUCCUUUGGCGACUGAGCUGAUUGUGAUCCUUGCGGGCAAAAUUGCUUGGCUUUGAGACGGCUUCAGGUGCAGGAACAAUGCGAGUCACCGUAACGACACCGGCGGAUUACACCUUUCCGCUGGAGGUUUCCGACGACAUGGAACUGGAGAACUUCAAGGCGCUGUGCGAAAUUGAGAGUGGCUUUCCGGCCUCGGAGAUCGUCAUUUCCUUCAACGGACAACCCCUGCUAGACGACAAGAAGACGCUGACCCAGUUGGGCAUCAAGGAUGGGGACGUGGUGAUGCUGCAGCACAUCAUGCAAGCUGCCCAGCAGGCUUCCCAGGCGGCCCGUGUCAGACAACCAACGGCAGAACCAUCUCGAUUGGCUAGUUUGGACUUCAGUUCGAUUCAAAUUCCAUCGGCAGUUGCUACCAACAGUACCAGCACCAGCAGUGGCAGUGGAAAUUCCGGGCUUUUGAACAAUAAUCGGCCCUCGCCUACGGUUGCCCCGGAAGAUGACCCAGCCGUGGUGCGGGAAAUGUUCCUUUCCAAUCCAGAUCAGCUGGCGUUACUUAAGCAGAACAAUCCCCGCUUGGCGGAAGCUUUGCUCUCAGGAAAUCUGGAAACCUUUGCAACGGUUUUGCGGAAGCAAAUUCAGGAACGCAUGGAGAAGCAACAACAGCGGUUGAGAAUCCUACAAGCGAGCCCAUUCGACGCGGAAGCUCAACGUUUGAUUGCCGAGGAGAUAAAGCAGAAGAACAUCGAAGCUAACAUGGAAGCGGCGAUGGAGUACAACCCGGAAACGUUCGGUACGGUUGUAAUGCUGUACAUCAACUGCCGCGUCAAUGGACAUCCGGUGAAGGCAUUCAUUGACUCGGGAGCCCAGGCCACUAUUAUGAGCGCUGCUGCAGCCGAACGGUGUAACAUUAUGCGCCUGGUGGACACCAGAUGGGCCGGUAUUGCCAAAGGUGUCGGCGUGCAGAAAAUCAUCGGCCGUAUUCACAUGGUGCAGAUUCAGAUUGAGAAUGAUUUUCUUACCUCAAGUUUCUCGGUGCUGGAGGAACAACCAAUGGACAUGCUUUUGGGACUGGACAUGCUGAAAAGACAUCAGUGCAACAUCGAUCUCAAACAUAACAUUCUGAAAAUUGGAACGACCGGCACCGAGACACGAUUUUUAGCGGAGGGAGAACUGCCAGAGUGCGCCCGAUUGACCGGAAGCCCCGAAGAGGAACAGAAAGCUCUAGCGGAAUCGGCACGAAUCGCCGAGGAGAUGGCACUGAAAGAGGCGGUCGUCAAGAGCCAACAGGAUCAAGAAAACUCCAAUGAAGUGAACCAACCAACCGGAAGCAUUUCGCAGCUGAAGCGGCGACGAUCCCCCUCGACCAGCGGUACCAGCAGUGGAAACAACAACACCGGCAGUGGAAACAGCAGCAACAACUCACCGACUUCCUCAGGUCCAGCACAGCAGCCACCUCAGCAACCGACGGAAGACGUCCCACUGGUGCUGCUGCCCACGGAUCGAUUCACCGAGAUGGAUGUGGUCGAGCUGGAAUCGAUGGGCUUCAGUCGGCAGAUGGUCAUUAGCGAACUGAGAGCGGCCGACGGAGACAAAACCAAGGCCACUUCCGGACUGUUUGCUAAGCUAGGUUGAGGGAGGAUCAGAUUGUGUUCUGUAUCAAGAUAGACAAGCUUUUUCGGUUUCUAUCUUUAGCAACGGACGAUCUGGCACGACAUCCAUUCACAUGAACGCUUUAUCGGAUGUGGGGGAUGUCAGUCGUACUAUUAGUUUUUCGUUUCUUUAGAGAAGUGCAUUUCUUUAUUUCUAUCUUUCUUAAACUAAACGAACAUCAUAGAUCACGUAGUUCUAUCUCACAGAAGAUUUCUUGUUUUGCCUACGAUUUUUUUUUUUGGAAAAGGGAUAUCCUCCCUUUCGAACAAAUUAGUUUAUUCGUAAGAGACAACUGAUAGUGACUAAAAGUAAAGAUUAAAACUUCUAAAACAGAUUAUUUACAAUGAAUGUGGCUGAAGGGGGGACAUUAUUGCACUGACAUCAUGAGGGUGACCUAACGAAUAAAUACAUUACAUUUAAA